AUGAGUGCCGCAAGCCACGAGGAGUUGAGAGAAAAUUACGUCACCCGUGCAGGACCUCCGUCGCAUCACCCGGAAGAGAGCACCGGGUCUCCGGGCCGGCGCGUCGCCGGAGAGGCGAGUGAACGGCAACAGUGGCUGUCCAAAUCCGUGUCUCCGGGACGAGGACACGAACACUUGUUGCCCGCGUCGUCCCACCGCGCCGAGGUGCCGCCCCGAACCGAACGCCAAUCAAGCUGCAGCUUACGUCGAUCCGGUCGAUCAGAUAAUCAACGAAGGACUAAUGCAGCAGAAGAAGAGCAGCCGGCGGCGGUCGUCCUGCUCAAGCAACAGUCAGCCGCGAGGGCCGAGCGGCCGGGAACGCAGCGCGAGACCGUCCACGGCCAAUCACAGCGGCUACCAGCCCGAUUUCUUCGACGACCGAUUUCUUCGACGACCAAGCGGACAUGA